AUGACAGCUCCUACAGACUACGCAUCGCUUCCCACACCCCCAGCCUGUGUGGCGGAUUUCUGCUUGAUUCCCAUUGGCACCCCUACAGCCUCCGUCUCCAAAGAAGUCGCCGCCGUGCAGCGUCUCAUGAAAGCCAGCGGUCUGAGCUACUCCAUGCACUCGGCCGGGACGACGGUUGGUUCUUGGGACGCCGUGAUGCGCGUGAUAGGACAAGCCCACACACUGGUGCAUCAGAACGGCGUGCUGAGAGUACAGACCGAUAUCCGCGCUGGAACAAGAACAGAUAAAGCCCAGCACUUCACCGAGAAAGUCUCCAAGGUAGAAGCGAUCCUCGCUGCCGACAGCAACAACACCAACGCAAACGCCCCACCACCAGCAGCGCACUAG